CUGUGCGGCCAUUUGAAGUGUGAAAAUCCUAACCUCACUAAAUUAGCUCAAUAACAAAUUAGUAGCUGAAAAAGUGAUCGAUUGAUCGGUAUGUACAGGUGGAAUUGAAAUGUUACUCUCAAUCUCUUAAUACGGAGAAAAUUGCUUUGAAAUUAAGUGACGAUCAGAAGUUUCGAAGAAUAAUCGAAGUGCCGAAGUUGACAUGAUAAAUUUCCCGCGCAGUGCUUGUCAUUAAAAACUGAAAGGAAAGGAGUUGGACUUGACGCAGUAUUUUCAAUGUGGUGUUGCAUUUAAAAAUUUGGUGGAUAAGUGUUCAGUUUACAUUAUUCUCAUAUACUUCAGAACAUUAUAUAUUAUGAAAACGUUCUUGUGAUGUCCUAGUUUAAAAUUAAUUUUAUCUCCAUUUAAAAUACUGAAAAUGACUUCUGAAAUAGAGAAUUCAGUAUUUGUUGAUACUAAGGACCGAAUUGAUGAAAAUUUGGAUGAUAUUCUAUCUAGAAUCGAAACGAAUUUAAUUUCUGACGAAGAUAAUUCGAUUAAUGGUGCUUCGGAUGAGUUCAAGGCAUUGUUGCAUACCUAUGAUGAUAAAAUACCUGUUGAGAUUUAUAGAUGGGCAAAAUCAAACUGUGAAGAGAACAUUAGAAAUAUACUUGUUGACAAAUUGAAGAACCAAAUCACAAAUAUUGUCAAUGAUGACCCAUUGAAAUUGAUAACUAUAAUUCCUACGACUGAAUCUGAAGAUGAUCGUAAAUAUAUUGUUGACUUUUUUAUGGGAGCAGUUGAUUCUCUGUCCGAUGAAAUUGUUAAAACCAUAUUGAAUGGUUUCGUAAUACCAGGAAUGUUCAAUGCAGCUUAUAAAGACCAACAAAUUCACAAUAUAAUAAUUGAUUUUGGCUUCCAAUUAAUCACAAUAUUUCCAAUAACCAAACUUGGUCCACAGGAAGCAAAAAUUUUCAUAUCCGGACUUAUUGAACAGCAUAUCAAAGUUUUGGAAAAAUGGAGGGAAGAGAAUUUUUGCCGAUGGCAUGAGUUAUGGAUGUUUUUAGUGAGAUUUUCUGGGAGGUACCUCCAUACAUCAAUGGAUUUAGCCAAUAAAUUGCUGAGAAUUGUUGAAUUUGCAUUCAGAAACCAUACUUAUGAACAGAGGGUUAAAGGAUAUGAUUGUUGGAAGGAGCUGAUUGAUAAUGCCAGUUUGAAUAUGAAACAUAUGACGAGUAACAAACAAAUCAAACUUCUUGUGACUCCUUUACGAGCGAAAUUUUCAAAAAUGGAAGUGGUAAUCUGUAAAAGAUUCGAAGUCUUCUUUUAUCUCAUUGAGAAACUGCAAAGCGACUCAGUGUUAUGCUUGAAUGAAUUUCUGGAGUUCUGUUUUGGAGUUUCAAAUACAAGUUUGAGAUCGAAGAAUGGACAAGGAAAAUUAGUGCCUAGUUUAUGGCUAAGAAGCGUUCAGGUUUUUAUUGCUAUUUUAGGUGACCAGAGGUUUAUUUCAAAAGAGUUCAAUAGGACAAUCUUCGAUAGAGCAAUAAUCAAUGAAAAUAACAUAGACCGUUUUGAUCAAGUAGUGGUUUAUUCUGUUAUUGAGAGCUCCACAAUAGUGAAAUUUGUGCCAAUGAACCUUUUUGAGAAAAUAGAGCUCCUGGAGUCAUUAUGGAAAGUAUUUUUCAACAUUUUAGUUAAAUCAUCGAGAGCAGUUCAAGAAAAAAGUUUCAACACAAUAUGCACUUCUUUAGGCUUGCUUUUCAAGGAUUUCAACGAAGAUCUGACUUAUUUGAGCUUACUGAAUGCAUUUAUGGUAGUAUUGAACUCUUCAGUUGACUCCAUUAUAUACAGCGAUUCUUUAAAGUUAAUCAUAGAACAUUUUAUCAAUUUCUUGAAUGAGGGGACCGUUCUUGAGGAUCUGUAUGAACAGUUUGAGCAAAUUUUCAUCAAUCUUUGUAAAGAUGAGCAUGCUUUCGAAUUCUUAACUGAGCAAUUGAAAAAAUUGGAAGCCUCUAAAAACGAGGAAAUCGCAUACAAACUCUGGAAGGAACUGGAGGGGAACACUAAGGAUGGGGAAUCAAAGUCGACUGUUUCUAUUAUUUUAUGGCCUGUUUUCCAUCUGAAUAAGUGUGCUAAGUUCGCAAAUAUUAUCUGCACUAAGUGGACAGAACUGUUUUCACAAAUGUCGGACUCGAACAAGAAACUAAUCAUGAACGAAUUGAAUAAAGCCUUCAAGUCCAACCCUCUUCUGACUUACAAUAUCUCUACCAUCAUAUCAUUCUUAGACAAAAGGGGUAUGAGCUUAGAAAAUGACAUGGGGGAGUCGAUGUUGAAACUGAUGUCCAGUAUUAUGUCUUUGCCUCUGCUCUCCGAGGAAACCGCUGAGAAAUUGUUUCCGAUGAUUUUAAAAUGUCUGAAUUUGGUUGUGGCCAAAGAUUCCGUGGACUUUGAAAGUGUUGAGAAUAUUUGUCAAUGCCUUCAAAAAAUUCCCUCUGACCUAAAGAAUUCAGAUUUAUUGGAUUUACUUGAGAAUCUUGUGAAGAAGAUGGUCCAGCAUGCGAACACCAACACCGGCAGAAAACUGAAAAACCUUAUGUCAACAUUCUCCACCACCAAAUUGCAGAAGAAGGCGUUGAAGAUAUCCACGUUACUGAGUCCAGAAGUGAUCAAUUCGCCCAUUAGUAACGUCAAGAGAUCCAUCCGAAUGACUCAGAUGGUGUUCGAUAAAGAGGGCCUAACUCCCAACAAGGAAAAAAUCGAGGCUUUGCAACUGUUCGGUAAAGAUGUGGAAACCUUCACUCCGUUGAAGGCGAAAAGCAGCAUCCUUCAGAAUUCAGCGUCCGCCAAUAAUAGUAGGUCCAAGAAAAUGAUAAAUUCCGUGAGGAAGUCGUUUCCCCCGAAUCCUCCUAUUUACGAUGAACAAACUUGCGAAUUUGUGGUCAUCGAUACAGAAGUCAAAUUGCAGAAAGAUAUGUUGACGGAUCAUCAGAAGGAAAAACUGAGGCAGAGGAGAGAGGAUAUUCCGGCGUUGUAUCAGGAUUUAUCGCAAAGUCAGACUCAGAGUUCAUUGAGCACAGAUACUCAGAGCAAUCAUGCGCAAAACGUUGAUGACAAGAGUGAGAACGAAGGGGAGACGAUGAAAGGUGCAGAAGAAGAAUCGAUGGAUUGCCAGAAGCUUGAAAUUACCGAAGACGAAAAACCGGUGAAUAGUACCAUGGAAAAUUUGAUGAAACAAGAAGAUGGUGAUUUGAAUGCGGAGAGUAACGAUGAGAGUGGGAAUAAAAAAGGGAAAAAACUCGCGAAAAGUGAAAGGGAAUUGUUGAGGAUACAAAUGGAUAUAGUGGGAGGAAACAGUUUUAUUCAGAACCUCCCUUCGAAAAGACCGAGAAAAGUGAACGAAAAAAUUACAACCCCUACACCGAAGAAAUCCAAGAAAUUGGACAGAGAAACGAUCACCAACGAUAAAAAUCAAAAUUCAGUCCAGUCGCUGGAACCUUCUACGACGCACAAACAAACCGAGACCCGUGAAAAUUCAGAACAAACACCACAAGGUAACUCGGAAAUUUUACCGGUGGUUGUCAUAGAAAAUAUCCCAUCGAUCAGCUCUUCAUUGAACAGUGACGCGGAUACGGAUAGUUGUUCUACGCCUAACAGGAGAAAAAAUAAACUCAUGAAACCGAUAAAGAAUUUCGACUCGCCUUCGUCUGAAAAAAAGAAAAAUAAACUCGAAAGGAAAGGAACUCCCGGGAGAAAACCGAACGAAACUAAAGAGAAGGCUAAAAAAAGAAAGGUCACUUCAGAAGCAUCGUCAUCAGAGGAUCCGCAAAGUGAAAUUUUGUUCGAAUCGGAGAUGAAUCAAGACGUUGAAGGAGAAUGUCAAAGUAACGACAGACAGAUGAGGGAUAAAAUCAGGAAGAAUGUCAAGAUGGACAGUCAAGAGGACAAGAGUGAAAUACUGAAGGAAGGAGAUCAAGCUCCGACCAAGGAAGUGGCUAAACCUAAAAAGACUCCCAAAGAAUUGAUGAAGAAAAACAAGGAAAAGGUGCGGACGAUCCAGAGCCAAUUGAGAUUGGCGGACCUGAGUAACCUCGAUGUUUCCUCCCCGAAGAGCAAAUCGAAAAACGCGAAACUGAUCUUCAUCAGAGAACUGACGAAUCCAAAGAACCCCCAAGACACCAAAGUUUCCCCGGCAGGCUUGAGACGGAACAAAGAUAACAAAUCGAAAAAUAUCGCCUAUACCAUCGAGACGCCGUCUACAUCUGUAAAUAUAUCGUCUCUUGUACAUAUCGACGAUAUUCAGCCCUCGUGCUCUAAGGUCGUGAGCGAAAAUACGGAGGUAGAAAAAAAUGCGAAACCGAAGAAGCGAAGGAGGAAAACGAUACAGGAGAACAGCGAUUUGACGAGUGAUUCCAGUCCUCCGGAAUCUCAAAAGAGGAAGAGUAAAACGCGAAAGGUUGAAAAAUCGCCGGACCUAAACGAUACCGGUAAAAUAAAAGAAAGUACAGACGAGGAGAAAGAUAUCAAAAACGAGGAAGUGCUGGAGGAAAGCUUAGAUGAUAAAGAAUGCGUGAGAAAUAGUAGAAAAUCCCCGAAUAACGUGUCCUCCGAAUCAUCCCUAUUUUCACCGGAGAGCCCCUCUAGAAGUACCAGAAGCAGGACCAAUUCGCCGCAAAAACAAGCGUCCCCGAAAGGAGUCAGGACCCUGUUCAAGGACUCCGAGGACAUUAUAGAGAGUUCGCAAGGGUCUCCGCUCGAAAACAGCUCGAUUUCGUUCGGGAACCUGUCGAGAUCGAGAAUCAAGCAGUCCCCGAAAGUACAAAACGAAGGGGCGCAGUCCGAAGACGCCGAACCGAUACCCAACGGUUGUGACACGGAGGAAUCACAAAAGGUCGAGAAACCCGUCUCCCAAGCCACCACCCUUACUUGCGAAUCGAACUACGAGGCUCUGCCACCCGUGGUGCAAGUGGACGUUCCGGAAAAACACGAACUGUCCGAUUCCGAGAAGCUACUGAGUAUGGCCGACACGGUGUCGAUGGAAUCGACCGAGGAAAUGGGCGAAAAGAUCGAUGAGCCGCUGCCGGAUAAGUCGGAUCUGCCGACGGAGGAACUGGAGGAAGAGGAUGGUGGUAGCAGGUCCGGUAGCCCGGUUCCGAUAGAAGUGGAAGUCGAAGUUUUCGGUACCCCGCAGAGAAACAGCGACAAUCUACCGGGUUCCCCGGUUAGUCGUGAAACGCCGACAUUCAAAAAGGAACUCCUCGACAAUACCGUAGAUAUUUCUCCUAUAGGUUCUCAGUCGUCGGAUUCAGACGAUAAGAUGACGACCGAUAUCAUAGCGGCACUGGAUGCCGCUUUGGAAGGGAAGAGCGAGCCCGAGCAGGCCACCGUUUCCAAAUCGUCGGAAGAUAAACCUACCAGCGUCGUGUACUCUUCGAACGACCGCUCUAAUAAGCUGCUGAACAUGGUGAACGUCGAAUCGCCUGUCAGUUCUCACAGGAAAUUCAACAAGAGGAAAAUCUCCAGUCCCCUUCACAGGAAGUCGAGAUACGAGAAACUGUUCUCUUUUUGUCAGAAGAACGUCGAUGCGGGAAUUAAGGAAGAAGAUCCGACGCCUGCAACUGACAGUACGGGGGAUAUGUUAACUUUUUCAAGGGAAGUACCAAGUCCACUAGCCGUACCCUCCAGUAGUAUUCUCAAGAGGAAGCUGGCUGAUACAGAUGACAGUUACUCGCCAUGUCCUAAGAGGAAACGGGUGAACUUCAGCUAUCCUUGCAUCACAUCCACAAAACUCUUCAUCAGGCACAGAGAUGAACUGAACACCCACUACAGGCCGACAUUCGCAUCGAAUCUCUUCGAUGACGAACCUCCAGAGGGUGAAAGCGAGGAGGAAGAUCCCUUCGCCGAUCCUGAAUCGUAUGGGCAAGUUGGUUCAGAGGAAAGUAUGGAUAUCACCAAUUCUCUUUCACUUUGCAGUAACAAACCGAUUGAUGAACGGCUGGUUAAUUGUGUCGAUAAUUUGGACUCUUUAUGGAAACGUCUAUCGAGCCCUACAUAUUGUGAUAAAUUGAAAAAUUUGCUGAAAAGCAAGAACAUUGAGACUAUAGGAGAUCUAGCUAGUUUGAACGAAAUAGAAAUAAACAGAUUACCUUUUAGAGAUCCUAAAGUUAAAACUGUGAGGAAAGCGUUAUUCUACUACUUCAAUAAUGUUUUUAAAGUAUCAGAAAAUAAAGAAGAACAGAAUAUCAGCUCAGAUAACUCGUCAACCAGUUCAGAAGAAGCGAAAGAUAAACAACCAGAUUUGGAGGAAAAUGGCGGUGAUGCACCAACUGUGGAUGUAAACAAUCAAAAUAUCGAAGUUACUAUCGUUCAAGAGCCUGAAACUCUGAAGGAUCAAGUCAGGACAGUUAUGAGAAAAAUAAAAGAAAAGGACACUUCCCUGGAGGAAUUUGGCGAUGUAUUUAUUGAUCUAGUCGACGAGUCACAGUUGAUAAGCUUGCUACACAACGUUUACAACACGAAUUUCAGACAGUUCUUCGGGAAACCCCAUUGGAGGUAUUUAAUAGAAAAUAUAGUGAAAUCUGGAGGCACAUCAGAAUUGUUCGACAUAAUUUCCGAUCUUGCUGAAAAUAAUAAAGUGUUUGCUGAUCAGUUGGAACAUAUUGUUCAGCUCAGGAUAGAUCAAGACCCUCUCAAAAAUAUUUUAAAGAAGAAGACUUUGGUUCAAGUAGGUGCAGCACUUCAAGAGUGCAUUGAAGAAGGAGAGUUUCAAAAGGAAAAUGUCAUACAAACGUGUCUCAUGCCUUUGAUCAAAAGUCCAAGUGAUAUUAGGAAUUAUUUCAAUAGUUUGACGAUAGUACAAAUACACGAUUUAUUUAUUGAAAGAGUCCAACCGUCAGACUUAACCUGCUUCUUGGACCAAAUAAGGGAGCAUUAUGGAAAUUACACCAUUGCGCAGUGUGCAAACAAAAAAGACGUCCUUAAGAUUUGUUCGAAAGAGGAUUUGGCAAUUUCCCUCAUAGAGAAAGAGAGUGAAGUAGGAGCUGUUAAGCAUUUAAUUUCACACAUUGGCGAUCAGAGUCAACUUCUAGAGUUAUAUAACUACAUAGGGAGUUUGUUGCCCGUCAAGAGUCGCAUCGAUUCCCACAUUCACCUUUUACAAAGUAUUUCUUUUGAUAAGAAUGUUGAGUAGAUAGAAGUAGUUUUUUUAUUGUGUUUAGAAGUUUUAUAAUAAAAUAAAAGACUGCUACUUUAAUUUAUGUACAUAAGGCGGUAUAUAUUCCGAGGCAAAUAUAACUAUGAAUUCAA